GAGCCUCAAUCAAUGUCAUCAGGAUUGCUGCGGGAGGAUCCACGUGAGCAGGACGCUAGGAUGUUGCUGUGUCCAAUGGGAAUGCUGGAUCUCCUACCGCCUCGCUUAGCGUGCUUUCUUCCAGUAGGAACUUUUUCCUGCUGGUGAACUGGAAAAAAGAUUGCAAGAGCAUCUUCUGAAUUACAGAACAGAAGGUUGUGUCACAGACAGGCAUCAUGGCUCCGCGCAAGGCUGAGAAGGCUUCCACAGCUGGAAAUGCGGCCUCCAAGGCUUCUGCUAAGAAAUCAGGCGCAAAUGAGGCCUCGUUGCCUCCACAACUCAUUGCGUCCGUCGCCGCUUUUCUGUCCGAGAACGGUUUUCAGAAGGCCAGCGAGGCAUUCCUCAAAGAUCGGAAGGCAGGAAAGACUGCAACGGAAUCCAAGGAUGUCCCGUCUUUGAUCGAUCUCUACAAGAGUUGGGAGAGCCAGAAUGGCAGUGCCGGUGCUAAGAAAGCUGCCAGCCCAAGCAGCUCCAGCGAGAGUGACAGCGAAAGUGGCAGCGAAAGUGAUAGUGAGAGCAGCUCAGAUGAGUCUAGUGACUCCGACGUUGAGAUGGGUGAUGCUCCCAAGAAGACCAGCAGCAGCUCCUCUUCAUCCUCGUCCUCUGCUUCCUCCUCCUCCUCGGAGUCAGACAGCGAUGCCGAUGAUGAGUCCGAAGAAGAAGCCCCUGCUCCCAAGUCUGGUGGCGUUAAGCGAAAAGCCGAAUCGAGCUCCUCCGAAUCCGAGUCCGACUCUGAAUCUGAAGAUGACGCUCCCAAAGCGAAGAAGGCUAAGAUCUCUAAGAAGGAAGAGUCAGAAUCCUCCAGCUCUUCCUCCUCUGAGUCUUCUGACUCUUCUGAAUCUGAAUCUGAGUCGUCAUCCUCUAGCUCCGAAUCCGAAUCUGGAUCCAGCUCUGAAUCCAGCUCUGACUCCGACUCCGACUCCGAUUCUGAUUCCUCCUCUUCUGACUCGGAGAAGGACACUUCCAAGAAGGCAGACAAGGCCGCCCUGAAGCAGGCAAAGAAGACACCUCUUCCUCCUUCCGAUUCUAGCUCGAGCGGCUCGUCUUCGGACUCCUCGUCUUCUGAUGAAGACGCCAAGCAGAAGUCCUCUAGUGACAGCAGUACUACUGUGAAGAGCGCCUCUUCUAGCUCCGGAAGCUCUUCCGACUCUUCCAACGGUUCUUAUAAGAAGGCUGCCUCUGCGACUCCGAGCGGAACCAACAACGGUCCCCAGAAGAAGAAACACACCGGAGCCAAGCCUACCCCUUUAGCUGAGUUGAGCGCUAAGGCUCUGCCGAACGAACACCCGUCCAACGAUUAUGUGCCGUACGCGUACGCUGAGAAGGCGUACCGAGACCUCGUCGUGACACGUGGAAAGGGAUUCACCAAAGAGAAGAAUAAGAAGAAGCGCGGCUCCUACCGUGGCGGUCCCAUCGAUAUCGGCCCUAACCCUAUGGCCUUCAAGUUCGAGGACUAGAUCCGAUGUCCUUCCCUGAUACCCGUGUCCACGGACCCGUCAACCAAAUUCACCCGAUACUCCAACAAAAAAAGUUUUUUAUUUCCUUUCCGGACCUUUGACGCAUCUAGCAAGGCGCUAAGUGGAGCAGUUUGUACUACCUUCUUGUGUUGAUAUUCUAAUUCCUUCGAAUUCCAAAUUCCAUGUCUCCCUGUGCUGUAUUAGACAUGUUAUGGAAAAGCAAGCAGGUUAGAGAUAAAAAGUUACUUCUUUUCGUAUAAUUAGAUUUCAAUCUAUCUGGUAUCAUUUCUUUCUUGGUCGAGACUCAAGAAGUUGGGGGUGUUCAGAGUAGUAUACAUGAUAGGAAUAUUCAGAAGAAUCCGAUUAGAAAGAGAAU